AUGGCCGGGUCUGGGGUGAUUGAUGGCGCCAAAGACGUCGCCAAUAAGAUGGCCAUGGGACUCAUCAAUGCCAUAGCCGGCACCCGUGCAGCCAACUCGGGUAGUGUAGACUGCGUUGCCGACGAUUUCCCUCGAUCGUCGAAAGGCGGCAAGUGCCCACCGCAUUUGUUGAAGAAAAGGACUGACAAGGAAGCGGGUAAUGAGAGCGUGACCUCUAAUGAGGAAGUAGGCGUUGUGAAAAAGUAA